AUGAGCGAUACAGCUAGAUCGUUUAGCCCCAUGCCUGAGAAGCUUGAAAAGUUUCUGGAUGGCUAUCAAGAGUCGAAGGUGUUAUUUGCUGCUUGUGAUUUUGGGAUCUUCGACAUACUUCGCAACUCAUCCGUACCGCAAUCGGCUGCAGACAUAACCAACAUGUUGUCCUCUAAUCUAGAUGCCACAACACGACUCUUGGAUACCCUUGUUGCUUUGGAGUUGUUAGAAAAAACAAAACAGGAGGACGAGUGGCUUUACAACAACACUGAAGAGGCCUCCAAGUUUUUGACAACUUCUAGUCCUGAUUCUCAAUUGGCCAUCGUAAGUCUGCACAACAAGGUAGGAUACCCUCAACAAGGCAACUUGGAAAGUGCAGUCAUCGAGGGACGCGUUCAAUGGAUGAGGACAUUUGGAAAGUCAUCAGAAGACGUUUUUCGUGAUGCUUUGUACAGCAAUGAGGAGAGCGUCCUGCGGUUCACUCGAACCAUGCAUAACAUGGUCUUCUCUGCAAGCUAUGCAUUGGCUAAAGUCAUUAACUUAACCUCCUUCAGCAACUGCUGUGAUGUAGGAGGUAAGUUUUGUGCAUUUGUCCAUUCUAGGCCUUGCAUUUUACUGCGACGUUCGGAAGGACUUUUUAGCGAAAAGGCUAGAAUCAGAAGAAUCCUCCAAAUGUUCAUUAAACUACUCCUUUGAAGCACAAAGAGAAAGUCAAAAAUGUAUUCUCCAAGCUGUGGAUUCCGGAUUCCACGCCACGGAUUCCGGAUUUCAGACACUGGAUUCCAGUCUUUGUCAGUGGAACUCCAAUCGUUAGUGAAAUUCCGGAUUCUUUGAGCUGUAUUUCGGUUUUCAUAGCCCAGGAUUCUGCAUUCCGCGAGAAAAAUUUUCCCAGAUACCGGAUUCUAAAAGCAAAUUUCCCGGCAUCCGGAUUCCCUUACAUGAGGCGAACUGUGUCUCAUGUUUGAAAUACAUCUAUAGAACUGAAAUACAGCUUGAGCUGGGUCCUAUUCAGACUGGCCUCCAUUCAAAUUUUUGACGAGUAACCCCACCCUUUUCACAUGGCAGUCACCCCAUGUCUGUUAAACUUCAAAGUGUUGACAUCGCCUGCGAUCAGGGUCUCCCUGUAUCUCUAUUAUGUCUUAAAAAAAUGUCUUAUCGCAGUUCACUUCCUUCUCUCAGUCCCCGGCCGUUCUUAGCCAAACCGUUUUCUCGUGCUAGUCAGCAGCCCUAUGCAACGGUGUUUUCACGGACCAGUUUAUUUUUAGAACAAUUUUCCAGCAAAUUUUAAAUAUCCUGUGCUAGGAUUGUGACGAAAAGGAAGACCAAGCCACUCCGGGAUUUUCAUAAAUACAAGCUCAUCCCAGGUCUUCCGCUAUGAAUCUGAGGUCAUUUUAAUAAAACUUUUACAAGUGUAAUUUUCAAGUGUAGCUAUUGUUUUCAGACUCCAAAACAAUAGCUACACUUGUAAUUAAAUUACACUUGUAAAAGUUUUAUUAAAUUGACCCCUGAUUUUCAACAAGAACUCACCAAGCCUCUCUCGCACAACACAAAUUUAAUUAUAAUUUCGGUCAUUACGAUGAACGUAAUAGCUAUCGUCUAGCGCUCCAUCAACUGCGCCUCGCUAAUAUCACCCACAAUUAGCCCAAAGGCAGAUGACAUGUGGUUUAACUGAUAUCUGAAUCUUUUGGUCAAAAUUAUGAGACGUGACACGGCUUUAAAAUGGAGAUGAGUAAUGGACGAUUGACAAAUGGCCAAAUAUUUGCCCAAAUAAUAACUGCGUUUCGGUCCAACAUCCCAUCAAGAUCCAUUCAUCUGCUUCCAAAUUUUUUACUGGUAUAAAAACAAUGGUUUUGAUUUAAGAUUUAUAACAUAAAUAAUGUAGGUAAUGCAUGUACUCACGUGGGAAUACUGAAAUUAAGUUGUUGUUGUCGUUGAUUUCAUUUUUUUUGGACACAUCCAGGGGGAGUAGGAACUCUUGCCUAUGCUUUGUGUCAGUACAAUCCUCAGAUGAAGAUCACAGUCUGUGACCUGCAGCCUGUUGUCACCUUAGCUCAUCACUUCCGACCAUCAGUAGAAGAUUGUCCCAAUCAAGUUAACGUCUCUUUCAUGAUAGCUGAUUUCUUCAAGCCCGAAACGCUACCCAAGGCUGAUUUGUAUGUGUUAUCUCGGAUCCUCCAUGAUUGGUCAGAGGAAAAAAUUGAUUUGAUUCUUUCAAAUGUGUUCCAUUGUUUACCAUCAGGUAAGAAAAACAACAACAUCAUUCUUGGUACUGAGUUGCAGUCCAUAUAAUUCAUUAAUUAUUAGUGAAAGUUAUGACCAAUAACUCGAUACUCACGCUGACGUCACCUAUUGAUGAGUGUGCCUAUCAGAAGUGCAUUGGUUCUUGUAAGAAAAGAUUCUUUGUUUCACUCGUUACUCGUAUGCAUGCUUGCCGCCUCAACUCCCAAUACAAAUCAAUUUGAUGUAAACUUCUACUAGACUUAUUAGCAUUCAUUAAUUCUCUUGCCUGAGAAAACAGCCGAUAUUUGGCGACACUACCGACCACUGCACUGGUUUCCCCGCCAAAUGACUUCUGAGAAACGAGCGCAGAAAUUCCAUACUGAUGACGCGUCACUACCCAGAUCUGGGCACGGGCAGUGCUUCUGAAAGGUCGUGCCGCGUGGGAAAUUUUACUCAACCAAUCAGAAGCACUACCCAGAUCUGGGAAGUGACGCGUCAUCAGCAUGGAAUUUCUGCGUUCGUUUCUCAGACGUCAUUUGGUGGGGAAACCAGUGGUAGCGUCGCCAAAUGUCGGCUGUUUUCUCAGGCUAAUAAUUCACAAGUACGAUGAAAUGUUUGCGCCAUUGUAAAUGCCCAUGCAUACAGAUCUCAUACCUGACUUUGAAAACGGAUUAUCCGUCUCUAGUGUGAAAACAACCAUUUUAUCUAAAAAGGAAUUACUAUAGAGUCACAUGUAUUUUGCGGACUGCAAUUACUUUGUUCGUUGGACGUCUGGAAAAGCGGGAAACCGGAAUCCGGAAUAGGAACGGGAAUAGGAACAGGAACAGGAACAGGAACGGGAACCGGAGAAGGAACCGGAAUGGGAAGAAAAACCUAUAUAAAAACAGGGACAACAUUUACCUUAAUUGAAGUUAAUCUGAAUUUAAUUCCUGUCCAGAUAUACGAAUGUUAAGGGAGAAUAUGGAAUAGGAACCGGAAUAGGAAGGGGAAUAUAAACAGUGUAUAGAAAUAUGAAAUGAAAAAGAUAUAAUCGUGAUAUAAAUAAAAAGCCAGGGAAAUAAUUAUAAGGAAACAAGAAAACACCCCUGAAAUGUUAAUCUAAUAAACCUUUCUUUAUCUUUAGCCUAUGACACAUUAGGGCCAUUUAUACGAGGAAAAGUAAGACCAGUCUUACAUAAGACGCGUCUUAAAUAAGACGUGAACUAUACCAUUUAUACGAGCAUGUCUUAUCUAAUACUGAGACGCGUCUUAGCUAAGCCGCGUCUUAUUUUGGACGAAAUGUGCCGUUUAUACGGAAAGUUCGCGUCUUGUUUAGGACGCGUCUUAUUUUUCCUCGUAUAAAUGGCCCUAUUGUGUUUUCGUGUCAAACAUAGCGAACUUAAGCAACGAGAACGCUGACCGUCGCUUGAUGGAACGCUUCUGUCUCACACAACGAAUCUGAAUUCUUCCUCUUACCUUCCACUGUGCGAAUUUGUUGAGUCAGAGGACUGAAAGACAGAAAACAUCCACUUCCAGUUUCAAUUUUUGAUGUCCUGGACGUCAACGUUGUGGUUGCUUAUUAAGGUCCCUAUUGCACUCGGUUGAGGUAGAUGAAGUGCUGGCUGGGAUGGGGAUGGGGGGGGUAGGGGAGGAGGCACGUGUUAAUACCCUUUUUAAGCUGUGGACUAUCUAUCUUUGGUUAACUUCCCAAUUUAGCACAGUACAAUAUAUCUAUGCAGCAAACCUGAGGUGUAUGGCAGCCCAAUAAACAUCUCCGAUGGGUGUCUCGUUUACACAUGGUCUGACAAAUAAUAUUAACAUGUGAUAACCUCCUUCCUGCGAGGGACAAAAGGAACCUUAUGAGAUCUGACAACGGCAACGCCAGCGAAAACGCCACUGAAAAAUUGAAUUCGGGUCUUAAUUCAAACUAUUUCUCAUUAAUACAAAAUUGUCCAGUGUUUUAAAGGUUGGGAAAUGAAGCUGGAGACCGCGUCCGAGCUCAGAAAGAGACAAUAAAAUUUAUCGCCUGCUGUUCACGUUCUCAAGAGAACUUAAGAUUUGACCAUUUACGUCGUAGUUGUGCAUAGACGGUGAAGAAAUUGACAGAAAGCGCGAUGCACUCGCAAAGCUGUUGCUUUAUUUAUUUAUAUUGCGGCUUUUUCUACCUUCUUGUUGCCGUAAUGUAAAGAGAUUCGGGGGGAGCAUGAUACCAGACUAGUUUUGUUAUUUUUUGUAUAAAUUUAAUUAGAAUUAAAAUAAUUUAAAGUAAAUGAUGUCCCUGUUCUUGGAUCGGUUCCCCUUUACAUUACUGUUCCUGUUCCGUCGCCGUUUCCGGUUCCGGUUCCGGUUCCGGUUCCUGUUCCCAUUCCCGUUCCUAUUCCGGAAUCCGGUUUCCGGCUUUUCCAGACGCCCUUGUUCGUUCGACAGUUGUUUGUCUUGUUUGGAUAAAUUAUCUCCCCUAAAUAUAAUUACAGUACAAUUGUGCACUUAGCUAUAUGGAUUAGUUUAAAAAACUUCACUAGCCACUUUAAGGGUAUGCCAAUACGAGUAAAAUAAGAUAAAGAGCCGUAAGAGAUAAAAUAUAAAAUAACACAAUGGAAAAAUUAAUCAUCUCACUGUGUUUGAAAUUCGUUUUGUUCAGUUUUAUGUAUCAGAAAGCUAUCGAGACCAAAGUUUAACUUUUACUUUCACGUGUGUGUGUGGCAGCUUCAUCAGUUGACAACUUCCGUUUGGCCGCGGGCUAGAACUGAUUCGUUGUCCUAAAGCUUCUCAAAGUACUGUAUACAUUUGUAUACAUUAACCAUGCAGGUUUGGCUGAUUAUCACGGUGAUAUACUUUUUUGUCUUUAAAGGAGGUGGACUUCUCAUUUGCGAAAAGGUUUUGGAUGAAGAUAAAAAAGGCCCCAAGCGUGUUCUUUUGCAGUCGCUAAUUAUGCUACUUUCCACAGGAGGAAAGGAAAGAACUGCAUCUGAAUACAAACAAAUCCUUCACAAGCAUGGAUUUAUCGAUAUUCAAGUGACUCUGGUCGAGGACUCUCCUUUGAUCGAUGCUAUUCUGUGUAGAAAGAAGUAG